AUGGCACCUAGUAAGCAGUGGAUGCAACUUGUUGAUAAUCGUCUCGAUGAAAUCUACUUGAUUGGUGUGCAAAAGUUUUUGGAUUAUGCUUUUCGAAAAAUAGGAGAAGAAUAUGAAAUACGAUGUUCGUGUGUCAAAUGUUACAAUUCAACUUUAGGAACUCGUAAAACAGUUGAGACACAUUUGCUAGUACAUGGAAUAAUUCGCAAUUAUACUUUUUGGUAUCACCAUGGAGAACGUUUGGGUGAGCCAUUAUCAGAAUUAGAAUAUGAAGAUGAAGAACAAGAUGAUGAUGCAAUAGAAGAAUGUGAGAGUGAAGAUGAAGUAGAAGAACUAUUGAGAGACCUAUAUCCUAAUCUUGAUGGAAGAACUACACAUACUGAUGACUUACUUGAAGAGGAACCAAAUGAUGAAGCAAAAAACUUUUACAGCCUAUUGAAGGAUUUUGAGUUGCCAUUAUACCAAAAUUCAAAAGCUUCAAAGCUUUCCACUUUGAUCAAAUUGCUUCAUAUCAAAAGUAUGGGUCGUUGGAGUAAUGCAUCAUUUACAAUGCUAUUGAAAAUGUUGAAAGAGGAGUUGUUGCCUGAUGGUGCCAAUUUGCCAAAUUCAUAUUAUGAGGCAAAGAAGAUAAUUAAAGAACUUGGUCUUUCAUACGAUAAGAUUGAUGCUUGUACUAAUGAUUGCAUGUUAUACUGGAAGGAAGAUAGCUUACUUGAUUCUUGCAAAGUUUGUGGUGCGUCGAGAUGGAAAAUAAAUACACAUAGCGGGGAAACAAGGAAUAAAAAAGGUAAAAAGAUAGCAUUAAAGAGUUUACGCUAUUUUCCUUUAAAGCAUAGACUUCAGAGAUUGUUUAUGUGUACCAAGACAUCUACUUUGAUGACAUGGCAUAAGGAUAAAAGAGUUGAAGAUGGAAUAAUGAGGCACCCGGCUGAUUCAAUGGCAUGGAAGUCAUUUGAUGAACUUCAUCCUUCAUUUGCGGCUGAGCCUCGAAAUGUGCGACUUGGACUUGCUAGUGAUGGAUUUCAACCAUUCCGAAAUUCAAAAACCUCACAUAGCAUUUGGCCUGUGGUUCUUAUUCCUUAUAAUUUACCACCUUGGUUGUGUAUGAAGGAAGAAAAUUUUAUUUUGUCAAUGCUUUUUCCGGGUCCAAAUGGUCCAGGAGAUGCAAUUGAUACAUAUCUCCAGCCUUUAAUAGGGGAAUUGAAGGAGUUGUGGGAAGUUGGUAUUGAGACCUAUGAUGCAUCAACUAAGCAAAAUUUUAAGUUGCAUGCUUCUUUAUUAUGGACCAUCAAUGACUUUCCAGCAUAUGGAAAUUUAUCGGGAUGGAGUACAAAAGGAAAAUUGGCAUGCCCAUGUUGCAAUAAAGACACUUCCUCAAUUCGAUUAUCCAGGGGUAAGAAGUAG